AUGGCCAUGGGGAACCAAACAACUGUCAGCUAUUUUGUUCUGUCAGGUGUUUCCAAUGACCCACAGCUCCAGCCUUUCCUUUUUCUGCUGUUCCUACUUAUAUACCUACUAACUGUCAUGGGGAAUGGGGCCAUCAUGGUGGUGAUAAGAGCUGAUCAUCACCUUGACACCCCCAUGUAUUUUUUCCUAUUCCAUUUAUCAUUCCUGGAUAUAUGCUAUUCUUCAGUCACAGUCCCAAAGAUGCUGCAGAAUUUCUUGGCAGAGAAGAAAACCAUUUCUGUUCCUGGCUGCAUUGCCCAGAUGAGCUUAAUAAUUCUUGUGUCCAGUACAGAGAUGCUCAUGCUAUCAGCAAUGGCCUAUGAUCGAUAUGCGGCCAUCUGUGACCCACUGCAUUAUGGGAGGACCAUAAAUAAGCAAGUCCGUAUUAGUCUGGUGGGGGGUGCAUGGCUGAUCAGUAUAUUUCAUGCAAUAACAAACACUGCUCCUGUGUUACAUUUAAAUUUCUGUGGGCCCAAAGAAGUAAACACUUUUAGCUGUGAGUUUCCAUCUCUACUAGAACUGUCCUGCACAGAGACCUUCAUCAGUAAAAUCACAUUUUUCACUUCAGCUGUGCUUGUCAGUUUGGUCUCAUUGUCUAUCACCCUGGUCUCUUAUAUUUGGAUCAUCUCCAACAUCCUAAAGAUGAGCUCUGCUGAGGGUCGGAGUAAAACCUUCUCCACCUGCAGCUCCCACCUUACUGUAGUUGUUCUGUAUUAUGGAGCUGGUUUGUUUCGAUAUCUGAGACCCCGUUCUGCCUCUUCUGUGGCUCUUGACAGAGUCUUCUCCAUCCAGUACAGUAUCUUAACUCCCAUGUUAAAUCCUAUCAUCUACAGCCUGAGAAACAAGGAGGUAAAGGCAGCUCUGGGGAAUAUAUUGGGAAAAAUUAAAAGCAUGUGA